GAGGAGCAGUUUUAUGGAUCUCACCCAGGUCAAUAAAUGGUGGUCGAGGAACACCCAGCCUCAGGAUGUUGAGCUGGGUGGUCAAAGUUGUUCCCCAGCCUCCUGAGCCUCCUCCCAAAAAAGUCGACGAGCAGAAGGAGGUGAAACCAGAGGCCCCGCCCCCUGCCCCCGCCCCGGCUCCAGCUCCGCCUCCUGUUGUUGAGAAGAAGGUGACGUUUCAGGAUGAGUGUAAAGUGGAAGCUCCAAAAGCUGACAAACCAAAGCCGGAGGCCCAGGCAGCGCCGGGGAACGGCCCGGUGCCUGGUUCCCAGUCCGGCGUCCUGACGUGGAUCAGCGGCGCUUUGCCUCAACCUGCCGUCUCACCGAAGCUGAGCCGAGCCAACUCCACAGCCACAGAGGAACCUGCACCUGCCAGGAAAGGGAUGAUGGCUUGGAUCUCUCAGGGUCUGGAGAAGGUAGUUCCUCAGCCUGAUCUGAAGGCCAAAGAGCCCAAAGAGCCCAAAGACACCAAAGACACCAAAGAGACCAAAGAGACCAAAGAGUCGCCGCCUGCAGCCGAGCCACCGGUCGAGGUGUGUCAGAAAGCAGCUGCACCAGCUGCAGAGCCUCCGAUGGCGGUGGUGGAGGUGGAGUCAGACAAGGAGGACAGCAAGCCUUUCCCUCCCAGGAUGAUGGACUGGAUCAAACAUGGGAUAGAGAAGGUGGUUCCUCAGCCAGAGAUCCACAUCCGCGCAAAGAUGGAUGGAAACGAGAAGACCGAGGCUCCAGCUGCAGCUAAAGCUGAAGCUCCAGCAGCUCCUGCAGCCUCCAAACCAAACACAGACACAGAGAAGUCGACCAAAGAAGCAGAGCAGCCGCCCAAUAUGAUGGGCUGGAUCGUCAACGAGAUCGGCCGCAUGCUGCCUCAGCCCGUCCCCAAGGCGGACGCAGGAAGUGACGACGUGCAGACGAUCAGCAUCCCUCAGACGGGGACAGACCUGAUACUGGAGGACGUGGACGAUGAAGACAAGGAGACCAAGAAGCAGAACAAAGAGAAGAAGCAGGUGAGGCCGACAUAUCUUCAUACAGAAGAUGCAGCGACGCAGGAGGACCAGCUAACUCCACUGAUGGACAGCAUCAAGAGGGAGGCUGGAGAGGCUGUUCUGGCCCACAUGGAGGAACGGCUGCAGCAGGAGCGUCUGGAGGCGGCUCGCGUGGCCGAGGACAUGGCCAGGAAGGCUGCAGAGGAGGCGGUCCGACAGCUGGAGGUGGAACAUUCAGCCAAGAUCGUCAUUGAAACGCUGCCAGAGCCCAACGAACAACUUCCCAACAUCCAGGAGGAGGAGAACGAGGACGAUCCAGAGUUACAAAACCUGCAGGAGGACAGUGAGGACAGCACAGACAAUAUGGGUCCUGAGGAAAGUAAAGUAACAGAGGAGAAUAAGAAAAGCACUGUUGAGGAGGAGAAAAUACCUCAUGAGUGCCUGCUAGACGUCUGUCCAGAACCGGCCAAACCUCCAUCUCCACCCGCUGAGGAGGUCGCGCCUUCUUCCACUGAUGUCGAACCAGCAUCAGAGAGAAGAGACCUGGACAGUCCGACUCCCCAACCCAUCACCCAACAGCCAGAAGCACAAGCUGCAGAAGCUCCGCCCACCGCCGCAGACCAGAGCUCUGCAGCACCCAAAGCUGGAAGUGGAGUUCCCGACAUUUGCUCUCCGAUACAGAGCUUUCUGCUUCGGUUCCCUCUCGCUGCUGAGUGUCUGGAGAGCUGCAGGAAGCUGAUGCAUGAUCAUAACCUCAGUGCUCCCCGGCUGUCCAUGAACCCGCCGCCAGAGCUCACCCAGCUGACCCAGGAGCUGCAGCAGAUCCCAAAGCAGGCGCACCAGUGCUCAGGCCUCAGCAAAGGUUCGGCUCUGAAGGUGGAAGAUGCUGGAAAAGGAAAAGGCCUGAACAUCCCUCAGAUCAUCACGACUCCAGAACCAGACACUCUGACAGCACCGGACAUCAGUGCUGGAGGUGACCUGUCUGCAGAUGAGGACGAUGUAGAGCUGCAGCAGGUCGGUCUGAAGACUUUGUCGGAUCAAGCAGACCUGCUGACUGCAGACGACGAGGGGCGACCUCUGUCAGCAGCCAGCGUCGGCAGCGUCGUGGUCCAGGACCGACUCAACGAGCUGGUGAGGCUGUUCAAAGGUCGGACGGAGCGACAGAAGGAGCGGCUGGUCGACCCGGACGAGUCGGAGGAGGAGAGUCCGUCCGCCUGUACGUACAAGUUCACAACACAGCUUCAGAGUCCUCGUAACGGAAUGGACGUCAUCAGUCUGUUUCCGAUGGAGAUAUUUUAUUAUUUCACCGGAGUGAACUCUCUGCUCAGGUUUCCUCGACUGCUGAAGUACAUGGUUUUCUUUGAGUUCAAUGACAGAAUGGAGGCUGUGAUGAAGAAGGCCUACAUCUACAGGGUGAUCCGGACCUCCACCUACCUGCUGUAUUCUCUGCACAUCAACGCCUGCCUCUUCUACUGGGGCUCCGACUACGAAGGACUCGGAUCCACCAAGUGGGUCUACAACGGAAAAGGAUUCGCUUACAUCCGCUGUUACUACUUUGCUGUGAAGACCCUGAUCACCAUCGGAGGGCUUCCGGAUCCGACCACCGUCUUCGAGAUCUGCUUCCAGCUCAUCAACUACUUUGUCGGCGUCUUUGCGUUCUCCAUCAUGAUCGGUCAGAUGAGGGAUGUCGUCGGAGCAGCGACUGCCGGUGAGAACUACUACCGGGCCUGUAUGGACAGCACCGUCAAGUACAUGAACUCCUACAACAUCCCCAGAGAGGUCCAGAACCGGAUCAAGACCUGGUACGACUACACCUGGAAGAGCCAAGGCAUGCUGGAUGAACAGGAGCUGCUGGUGCAGCUUCCUACUAAGAUGAGGUUGGACAUCGCUGUGGACGUCAACUACGCCAUCGUCAGUAAAGUCGCCCUGUUCCAGGGCUGCGACAGGCAGAUGGUGUUCGACAUGCUGACGAGGCUGAAGUCUGUCGUUUACCUGCCCGGAGACUUCGUCUGUAAAAAGGGGGAGAUCGGCAGGGAGAUGUACAUCAUCAAGCAGGGCGAGGUCCAGGUGGUGGGAGGUCCUGACCUGCAGACGGUGUUCGUCACCAUCAGAGCCGGCUCAGUGUUCGGAGAGAUCAGUCUGCUGGCGGGCGGCGGAGGAAACCGGCGCACAGCCAACGUGAAGGCGCACGGAUUCGCCAACCUCUUCAUCCUGGACAAGAAGGACCUGGCAGAGAUCCUGGUCCACUACCCCGAGUCCCAGAAGCUCCUCCGGAAGAAGGCCAAGACGAUGCUGACGAAGGACAAGAAGCCGGACGAGAAGGAGGGCAAAGAGGCGCUGGAGGUCAUCCCGCCCCGACCGGACACCCCCAAACUGUUCAAGGCGGCGCUGAAGGUGACGGAGCAGGUGGGCAUCGAGGGAACCUUCUCCAAGCUAAAGGCGGUCUACAAAUCAACCGACAGCCCGACACAGGCGUCGCCCGCCAUGGCUCCGGUCCCGCCUCCAUCUCCGAUGCACCGGCGCUCUCCGGUCCCUCUGAGUCCGGCGCCACACGACGGACACGACAUGGUGGCGGAGACGGCGGACAGCUCGGUGGUCAUCAGGAUGACGCCGCGGCAGGAAGGGGAGGAGCUUCUGUCCGUGGAGGUGCCGGAGAAGAAGGAGUGA